CAAGGGCAGUAGUUAUGUGAACCUGUCUCUCCUGUUUACCUAUCGCUGCUGUUCCUGAUACUGCUCCUUCAGCGAGGGAGAGAGACCAGCUCUGCACGAUUUGACAGUAACAUUGUCUGCUCCCCGCCCCCAAAACCAGUCUCUUGCUUUCUGGAUCUGGGUUAAGCAAAGUCAAGGAUACAUACGUUUCACACUCUCUAAGAACACGGUUCACCGCAGGAACCUCUAUUAUGGUGUCGGUAGUAAAAGACCAGGCAUUUGUGACUCUUGCUACCAAUGAUGUUUACUGCCAGGGUGCCCUGGUACUUUGCCAAUCUCUGAGGCAUCACAAGACGACGAGACAAAUAGUUGCUCUAUUUACGCCACAAGUCUCCAGUAAUAUGAGGCGUGUCCUUGAGCGUCUAUUUGACGAGGUCAUAGAAGUUAAUGUACUGGACAGCGGUGACUCUGCCCACUUGGCCCUUUUGACUAGGCCAGAACUUGGCGUAACAUUUACCAAAAUACACUGCUGGUGCCUCACACAGUAUUUCAAGUGUGUGUUCAUGGAUGCAGAUACUUUGGUGUGUAAUAACAUCGAUGACCUCUUUGAAAGGGAGGAACUCUCCGCUGCCCCAGAUCCUGGCUGGCCAGACUGCUUCAAUUCCGGGGUGUUCGUAUACAGACCUUCCCUCGAAACCUACAAUCAGUUACUCAAGUUUGCCACUGAGAACGGUAGCUUUGACGGGGGAGAUCAAGGCUUGUUGAAUAGUUUCUUCAGUGACUGGUCUACAGCAGAGAUCUACAAACAUAUACCAUUCAUCUACAACCUCAGUGCCAUUGCCAUAUACAGCUACCUCCCAGCCUUCAAGCAGUUUGGCUCCAGUUUGAAAGUGUUUCAUUUCUUGGGACCAGCUAAGCCGUGGCAUCACAAGUACGAUGCUCAGACCAAGAGUGUUAUCCAGGAGAACAUGUCCCCCUCAGACUCAUUAUUUAUAGACUUGCUGAAUUUGUGGUGGGACAUCUACACCACCUGCAUUUGGCCGUUGCUGGUAGUACAUGGGGCUGUAGACACAAAGAUGAUCGAGUACCAGAUGUCCCAAGCAGGAGAUCUCCAGGUUAACAUGAGACGUCAGGAAGAAACUGUUGCACAUGAGAGACCCAUCAAGCCUGCUGAAAUUCUCGAAACCCAGGGGCAUCUGCAAAGCACAGAGAAAAGAGAUGCGCUGUUGCCUGUACCAGCCUUGACAUUUAAAAAAAAAUCACACAAAUCUGCAGCUAAUAAAUAUGGUGUAAACCUUCAAACCAGAAAGCCAGCUCUGAAGACGAUAAGAGAAAAGAUAACUGCUGGUCCAUCCAUGUCAAGCAAACGUCACUAUUUUGCAUAUAAACCUACAGAUAAUGUAAAAGAACCGAAUGUGCCGUUACUCGAUGAAUCCAUUGCGACGUCUAUGGAGAUGGAAACUGAAAUGAUGCCUUCUGACACACUUGGGCCAAGUAAUUCACCCUCCCACCAGGAAGAUGUAGCAGCUUCUUUCGCAGACCUGUCCUUGGAAGUGGAACCAACCCAGUCUGAGAAGGAAAGACGGAGAUGGGAAGAUGGCAAUGUGGAUUAUCUGGGAAGGGAUGCUUUUGUAAACAUUCAGAGAAAGUUGGACCGGUUCUUGAAGUAGUGCGUCGGCUGUUGAUUAUGUGCUGUUGGGCUGAGAUACUUUUUUGCUUUAUAUAUAAAAUAAGGAUGGCAGCUCAAUCCUGAGGCGUAGCAACAAAUUGACUGUCCAUUUAAAAUUGCAUUGUAUAUAGAUUUUUGGUUUUGGAUGAACAUGUAUUUUUUUUACAUUCUUUCAUGCUAUUAAAAAUGUUUACUGAUUUAGUUAAA